GCAGCUAUCAGGUUUGUCUUCUUUCUUUUGGUUGGUUGACUAAGGUUGAACUAUUGAGGAAGUGCUGCGUAUAAUUUGGGCCAAAAAAAGAAAACACAGAAAGACAGAAAAACGGAUAAGCAACAACCGUAAAAAAAAAAAAGGAAGAGCCAAAAUAUUCCGUUUUCUCCUUUUACCAAACCGCGUUUUUCCAUUUGAUGAGCGGGUCUUGAAGUGUUUGAAGUGUUUUAAAUACGUUUAUUUAACCAUAAGAAACAUGGACUCCGAGUACAUAAAGAAACAUCUGGGGAAAUAUCUGACGGAGGGACUGGCUGAAGUGGCCGAGCAGAGACCCGUGGACCCCAUCCAGUACCUGGCUCACUGGCUCCACAAAAACAACUCUGACGCUGGAAACGAGAGGGAGAAGAAGGCUGAUUUGGAGCAGGAGCAGGCCGGAAUCGGAGAAGAGGCCUUACAGCAAGAGAAACUGCCGGAGGAGGAGCAGAAGAUCGACAAAGCUUUGGACGACUCUGAAAAAGAACGAGAAAAAGCAGAGAAGGAGCCAAGCGCUCAUCAAGAUGAAGAGGAACCGGCGGACAUGGGUCAAAAAGAGGUGACAGACGGUGAUCAAGAUGAGGACCAGGUGGCGGGUCGAUCUGAAACUGCCGAACCCGAGCAAACCCACGCCACGCAAACUCCCAGACAAGAAGCCAGCGCUUCCAAUGAGUCCGAGGAGCCACAAAACAAACAGAGUCCCCUUAUCUUUGACCCCGCACACACAGAGAAGGCUGAUGAGGCAGUGAGCGACAAACCUGAAGACUCCAGCCGAGUGGAGGCGGCCUCUGCUCCUCAGAGCGAGGACCCCAGAGCAGAGAACCAAGACCUGACAACAGAAACUGAACAGGGGGCCGAACACUCCGCCUCCCCCCUUCAGCAGGGCCAGGAAAAGGCAGAUGAGGAAGAAUCUGAUCAACCUGCACACUCCAUCCAGCCAGAUCCAGCUUUAGCUCCACAGAGCGAGGAUCUGAAACCAGAGGCCACAGUUCCCAGUGAUGACCAGGAGAUCAGGGCUGAGUCCGAACAGGAAACACAAAAACCAAGCUCGCCCGUUCAGGAACAGGAGGACGAGGGACAACAUGUGAGUGAGAGCGCUGAUAGCUCGGCUCCAGUAACGGGCGACCCAGAGGGAACAGAGCAGAGCUCCAGACCCGCGGUGGCCACCGUGAGCGGCCUCCUCACCGGCUUCCUGAACUUCUUCACCGACAUUUUCCUGACGCCGCCGCUCAAAGCCACCCUGAAGCACCUGGAGGAGACAGAGCUCCGGACGCUGACGGGAGGUGAGUCGGGUCCCCCUGUGCGCAUGCGCAGCGCUCAGAAAGAGACCAUUGAGGCUGCAGAGCUGUCCUCUCUCAAACCCCAGCUGGACCAGCUGGGGGUCCCUCUGUACGCCGUGGUGAAGGAGGACGUCGGCACCGAGGUCCAGAACUUCCGACCGUACUUCAAGGGGGAGAUUUUCCUGGACGAAAAGAGGCGCUUUUACGGCCCCCGUCAGCGGCGGAUGGGGCUGCUGGCCUUCAUGCGUCUGGGAGUGUGGCUGAGCGGCCUGCGGGCCUUCAGGAAAGGCUUCAUCGGAAACGUGUUCGGAGAGGGCUUUGUCUUGGGUGGGGUCUUCGUCAUCGGACGAGGGCAGCAGGGAAUCCUUUUGGAACACAGAGAGAUGGAGUUUGGAGAUAAAGCCAAUAUCCCAGAAGUCCUCCAAGCUGCCAGAAGAAUAGCACAGGAGCUCUAGAAAAGUGACCCACUCUGUGUCCGAGCUGCAGAAGGCUGUGUCGCGUUGGAAGAGGACACACAACGUAAAGCGCGCAGAAGACUGGUGAUAUUGUUAAAGUGCUGGUGUCCUGGAAACCAGGCGCGGCUGGCCUUGCUGCCUUCAUCAGGCUUUGGACGUGCUCAUGACGGUCCGUCUUUAAACUCCACGGAGGAAGCGGACCCGAUGUCUAACGUCCACUCUCCUGUGUUGCUCAGUGAGGCUGCUGUGUUGCCGUGGGAACCGGGAACUGUGACCUUAUAAACAAUAAAACCAGUCUCUGUGUUUUCAGACUCUUAUUACUGACUGUAAGCAUGAAGUUGCUCUCUGGGAUGAAAGCCAUCCAAAUUCCUCUGGUUGGAGGGUGUAAGAUAAACAAGUUUCCCAAUAUUGGGUCAGCCUGUUUUCAGCUGCUGUUUUAUUACAGUUCAGUCAGAACUCCAACUUUCCUGUUUGUUUUAUAUCCACAUUGAAGAAGGCUAGUGCUGCAUUAUGUUUAUAAUUUCACAUCUGUUUCAAAUAGAUUCAAGUUUAGUCAAACACCAGUUCAAGGGCGCUGAAGCACUUUUUAAAAAAAAAUUAUUUUUUUGUAUGUGGGGGGAUUUGGAUGACUUGUAAAGGAAAUAUGAACACAAGUAAUUUAAAGUUUCAAGCAGUGAUUUGAACACAUUUAGGCCAUCGAUGUGAUUAAAUGUUUCCUGGUGUUUUUCGGAGUAUAAAUGCUGUAUUUGUGCUACUUAGAUUCAAUGGAGGACAAAAGAGUCACUGAUAUUUUUUUUCAUGGGCUUCUGCAUCCAACCAGAAGCUCCAGUAAUGAGCAGGGCAUCAGCUGAUGGAGGCAGAGCUCAUGGUUUUGCUCUGAAAACUGCCAGAGUCAUCUGACACCAGAUAACAGAAAAGCUGUUAUCUGAAUGAGGCUAAUUGGGUUGAGCUAGCGUAGCUUAGUGUGGUUCUAAUGCCCUUUUAUUUCCCAUCGUCCUCAAUAAAGCCUGUGUGAGAUUAAGAGUCACACUACUGGUUAAUGCAUGAAAAUUCAGUGGUG